AUGGCCAACGACGAGUACGACUUCCUCUUCAAGGUCGUCCUGAUUGGAGAUUCUGGUGUCGGUAAAUCCAACCUCUUGAGCCGUUUCACCCGCAACGAGUUCAACCUUGAUUCAAAGUCGACCAUCGGUGUCGAGUUCGCUACGCGCAGCAUCCAAGUCGACAACAAGACCAUCAAGGCUCAGAUCUGGGAUACCGCCGGCCAGGAGCGCUACCGCGCCAUCACCUCCGCCUACUACCGUGGUGCUGUUGGUGCCCUGCUCGUCUACGACAUCAGCAAGCACCAGACAUACGAGAACGUCACCAGAUGGCUCAAAGAGCUGAGAGAUCACGCCGACAGUAACAUUGUCAUUAUGCUGGUUGGAAACAAGUCCGAUCUGAGACACUUGCGCGCCGUGCCUACCGAGGAGGCCAAGCAGUUUGCCAGUAAGUCUUUAUUGUGCUUCCAAUUUGUCAGCACACCGCUGACCGUCUCUUCUUUUUCUAGGCNNGAGAACAACCUCUCGUUCAUUGAAACCUCUGCUCUGGAUGCCAGCAACGUUGAGCUUGCCUUCCAAAACAUCCUCACAGGUAUGCAUUCUACGUUUCAGUGCCAUGAUUCCAUCUCACACGUGCUCCAGNAAAUCUACCGCAUCGUUUCCAGCAAGGCUCUCGAUCAAGGCGAGGGCAAGGAGAGCGGUCCCGGCAGCGGUGCUCCUGUCAGUGUUCCCUUGACCAAGCCUGCCGACGGUAACGCAAAAUCCGGCCAGUGCUGCUAA